AUGCGCGCUAAACGAGGGAAUAAGAAUAAAAAUGGCGGAGCUGGCGGAGGUGGAGGUGGAGUGGGCAUCGGACUGUCCGAAGAUACCGCUGAACUGUUCGAGGUGACACGAACGAACCCAAACAUGAGAACGCUGGAAGAGUGCGCAGACCUCCUGCGAAGAGGAGGCGUUGGAAUCAUCCCCACGGAUACAAAAUACUCGUUCGUCGCCGAUUUGAAUAAUAAGGACGCGAUUCAGAACCUAUACACCAUUAAAGGCAUCGACUCGAACAAACCGUUAUCCAUCUUAUGCAGAGGGUUUCAAGAUAUCGACACCUAUACGCUCGGGUUUCCGCCGGCGACGCGACCGGGAAUGGCGGAUCCGUUCAAAUUAGCUCGGAAGUGCCUUCCAGGACCGUAUACUUUCAUUUUACCCGCAUCAAAAUCGUUACCGAAAAUAUGUCUCCUGGAUACCUCAUCGGCCGGGCACACCAGGCUUUCUAAAUGCCAACAGCGAAAGACAAUCGGAUGUAGACUUCCUGACUGCGAAGUCACUCUGGCCUUGCUCGACUUGCUCGAUGCGCCGUUGAUGUGUUCGACGGUACCUUUUGAUGGAGAUGUUCAACCUAUCGUUAUGAGAGACGAAUAUUCGAGAUGCGCCUUCGUAUUGGAUGCCGGCACGGACGCUGAACAACUCGCUUCGACGGUUAUCGAUUUGUCUAUCGGAGACGUGCCGAAGGUUUUAAGAGUCGGUGCCGGGGAUGCAUCCGUAUGGUCUGAAGACGGCGACGUUCACGUUGAAGUAGAUGAUCCCGAUUUAGCGUGGGGUUUUGCAUAA